ACUGAACAAAUAUUUCUUUCUAUAAUUUUUUCCCAAUCAAAAACCUCCAUCAUAACCUCCUUGAGCUAUACUUUCUGUCGGUCUGGAAUUUGCCUACAAGCUACUUCAACCUCUGUCAGUCCCAACUUAAAAACUUGACAAAGUUGCGCACGCGACACCUUUCUUUUCCUCACCAACACCACACAUCACAAAGACCCACUCCUAUCCCUCAUGUCAUCCCUUAUCAAUCCUACCAUGAGGUCUUGCACCUCUUUCCUAUCCCGGAUGCCCGUGUCGUCCUAUCGGCCGGCGAUCCGGUCCCUCGGCAGCUCCGUUCGGCCCCUCAUCAUCCGAGGUGUGGCGCAGUCCCGGUAUAGUUCACACUCUCCCAUGGGUGCGCCUCCGGCUGCCCAGCGCAAGAAGGUCACUGUCGGAACCCUUCGCUCCAUGCACCGCAAGGGUGAUCCCAUCACUGUCAUGACAGCUCAUGAUUUCCCCAGUGGUCAUGUUGCCGAUCAUGCAGGCAUGGACAUCAUUCUUGUCGGUGAUAGUCUUGCCAUGGUUGCCCUUGGUAUGGAAGACACAAGUGAAGUUAUCAUGGAGGAGAUGCUGCUGCACUGCCGGUCGGUUGCGAGAGCCACUAAAUCCGCUUUCACUGUCGGCGACCUGCCCAUGGGUACAUAUGAGAUAAGCCCUGACCAGGCUCUUGCGACUGCCAUCCGUUUUAUCAAGGAAGGUCGUGUUCAAGGUGUCAAGCUUGAGGGUGGAAAGGAGAUGGCUCCCACCAUCAAGAAAAUCACCACUGCUGGUAUUCCCGUUCUUGGCCAUAUCGGUUUGACCCCUCAGCGACAGAACGCUCUUGGUGGCUUCCGCGUCCAGGGCAAGACAAGUAGCGGUGCUAUGAGCAUCCUCGAGGAUGCCCUUGCUCUUCAAGAAGCUGGCUGCUUUGCUAUGGUUGUUGAAGCUGUUCCUGCCGAGGUGGCCGCGCUCAUCACCGAGAAGCUCUCUGUUCCCACGAUCGGUAUUGGUGCUGGUAACGGUACCUCUGGUCAAGUCCUUGUGCAGGUCGACAUGAUUGGAAACUUCCCUCCUGGAAGAUUCCUCCCCAAGUUUGUCAAGAAGUACGGUGAUGUCUGGGGCGAGAGUUUGAGAGCCAUCGAGGCGUAUCGCGACGAUGUCAAAUCCCGUCAGUACCCUGGCCCCGAGCACACGUACCCAAUUUCAGCAGAGGAACUCGAGAGUUUUACCAAGGCGGUAAAGGAUUCGUAAAGUAGAAGUAUUGAUACCCUUAGAGUUGCUUGUGGAGGAAGCAUGUCGUAUUGGUGAACUGGACAAGAUAUAGAGGUUGCAUAGCUCGGAGUUUGGGUUAAUUAGAUGAUAU